UGUGUUGAGCUGUAGCAGGGCGGCUCUGUGCUGUGAGGGGGGAGAAGCGCGCCAGUCAGCUCAGUGCAGACACCCAUCCCCGGGCUCUCCCCCUCUGCCGGCCGAGCACGUGACCUGUCCGGAGUGCGGGCGGCGCGGAGCCGGUGCAUAGAGCCUGCCGUGCGAGCUGAGGGGACACCGAGCUACCGACCGCUGGAAAUGUUGUAUUGUGGAUCAUUUUGCGGCCCUAGACACUCCUGGAAAGAAACUAGAUUUCACGUCUGUUAUCAGAAAUGAAUCCACUAAGCUGUGUUCACACAUCUCUGGAGUAAACAGCUGGAUGGAACUACCCUUAAAAAUGCUUGAUUUGUGACAGAGAAUCUGAUUCAAGACAAAGGAAAAACAAUUCACAUCUGCUGCAAAACAAAAUAAAUGUUUUCAUGGUAUUGAUAUUUUUAUUGAAAGAAUUUGAGCUUGCAAUAAGGCACAGUACAUUGUGUACCUGAUCCGUGGUUGCAGAAGCAGAGAGCUGAAGUCCUGAGAUUUAGUAUGACCUCCGAGGAUAUUGCAGCCUCUGUUGUUUUACCAUCAGUAGAGACGAACGUGAUACCUUCUCAGUCAACUGGAGAUGAAAAUUCUAAGAAUAGUUUGGAUACUAGCGUUAUAAAAAGACAUAACAUGGAGACUGUGCCAGACUUAACAAAGUUAAAAGGGCAUAGAGCUCAGAAUUCUGUGGCCAAACCUUUUUUAAUAGAAAGCAAAGGUGAAAGUGGAAAAAACCUUAACGACAAAGGUACUGCACAAGGGAACCUCUGUACCUCCCAUGCCAGUGAUUAUUUCAAUAGCAAACUGUUUGAGCGAGCCUACAAGUCCAGUCUAGGUUUUAAUCAGUUCUGCAAGUCCUACAAUCCUCUUAAACAGAACAAUGUUUGUACAGACUCCCAGAUUCCUGCUGUGCUGACAGAAAUUAAUUUUAAAGCAGACGCAUCAUCUGCGGAAGGGCAGGCAUUAAAGGGUCACUUAAUAGUGAAUGAUCACUGCACAGAUGCUGCCACUCACAUUCCAACAUUACACAAAAGUAAUUCCAAUCAGAAGAGUGGUUUAUGUUCCAGUUCCACAAAUAACCAGUGUAUUUUGAGCAGCCAUUUACAGACAUUGAGGAGAAAUUGCUGCAAUAGUUGUGUAUCCAGCUCUUGCAGUUCUGAGAGUUACGGCAGUAGCCAUGAACACAUUGGUCGCCCUGUGAAUUACCAAUCAAAUUUGUGCCCAGAGACAAUGCCAGAAUUUCCGGUAGACAAUGCAGAUGGACAGAAGUUACCCUGUAUUCUUUCAUCACAGCCAUUUCAAAUUGAAGUCUCUGAUGAACAAAACGAAGAGGAAAUAGAAAAUGAUUUCUCAAGGAGCCGAAAAGAUCGUUCAACCCUGCUGAUCAGAAGGUUUUGUAAAAAUUACAAAGAAGUGAAAAAGUCAGUUUAUACAGGAACCAGCGCAGUUUUUAAAUCUUUGCCUUCUGGCCAUAUUGGAACCAGAGCUUUCUGUUUUGUUAAGAGAAAUCAAGAAAACACAAAAGAACUGAGGUAUUUUUGGGUAACAGCUAAAAGCUUGACUUUUGCCCAAGUUUCUGAGAGAAGAGAUCAUUUUAUUUCCUUUUUGAAAACCAUGACUGUCUGUCAGAAUUGCAGUUUCUACAAUGGGGACAAUGACAGUGAUCACCUUUCUAUGUGCCUGCUUGAAAAACGUUUGAUCUCUCUGGUUGCCAACAUCACUGAUCUGCCUGUGAAACAAAAUGACACUUCUGGGUUUUUUGCAACCUUGCAUAGAACAACCACAUCUCAGUUCAUAAGUGGGGCACUGCUGGAAGCAACGGCAUUGUUAGGUGCAAGAAGUGGUCUUCCAAGUUUAACCUGUGGCUCCAUCGGGAGAACAAUGAUAAAAGACCGCCAGCCGUGCACAGCAAUGGCAACAUCGAACUUUCAGACAGCUAGUGCUGCUGGACUGAGUAAAGAAUUGGUGGAACUGCAACACCUCAUUCAGUUUCCAGAGGAGAUUGCAACCAUCCUUACUGAUCAAGAACAGGCGAUUUAUCGCAAAGUUUUGCCCAUUGAUUACCUUUGUUUCUUAACAAAAGAUCUUGGGAAUUUUGAAUGCGAGACCAGUUUUCCUGAUAUAAAAACAUCUAUGUCUGCAUCGCUGUUGAAACUGAAAACUAAAGAACACAAUACUGUAGAAGAACUGGUAGCAAGGUUUAACGAGGUUAGUUCUUGGGUAACCUGGCUGAUUCUUGCUGCGGGGUCCAUGGAGGAGAAACGGGAAGCCUUUUCUCACUUGGUGCACAUAGCAAAGUGCUGCUGGAACAUGGGCAAUUACAAUGCUGUGAUGGAAUUCCUGGCAGGGCUCAGGUCUCGGAAAGUUCUGAAAAUGUGGCAAUUCAUGGAUCAACAUGAUAUUGAAACUAUGAGAAGCUUAAAAGAUGCCAUGGCUCAGCAUGAAUCAUCAUCGGAGUACAGAAAAGUGGUGAACAGAGCACUGAAUAUACCUGGUUGUAAAGUGGUUCCUUUUUGUGGGGUGUUCUUGAAAGAACUGUGUGAUGUUCUUGAUGGAGCAGCAAGUCUGAUGAGACUGUGUCCUCGCUAUGAUUCUCAGAAUGAAAUAUUGGAGUUUGUGUCUGACUACAAUGGGCAAGACAACUUUUCGCAGCGAAUAGGGAAGAAUGGAUUGAACAAUGCAGAAAAGGAAACGACCGUGAACAAUAUUAUGCAGACUAUUCGCAGUUGCAACCGCAGCUUAGAAUCAGAGGAGGGUGAAGAUAAUGUCAGUGAAAGCAGUAUCUUCAGAAAAAACUCUGUGAUGGACCGAAAUCGAUUACAAUUCAUUAUGGGAGAUCUAUCUGAUUCUGAAAGUGAUAUUUUUGAGCAGCCCAAAGACUUUGAUUUGCACGGGUCUGAAGAGCAGCAGAAAGCAUUUAACCAUGGUACCGAACUGAUUCCAUGGUAUGUGUUGUCAAUAAGAGCUGAUGUCUACCAAUUCCUUCAACAAGGAGUAACACUCAUCCGCUAUGACCAGGAGACACACAUUUCUGUUCGCUGUUUUCUUCAGCUCCAACCAGACAAUAGCACAUUAACAUGGACUAAACCAUCCACAACUUGUCUUGCAAACACUAAAAACAAAUUAGGUGCUCCAGGAAGCACUGCAGAAGCAAAAUUUCAGUUUCUUGCCAAUGCUGGAAUGAGUGGACUUGUAGAGGGUUUCAUAGACUUAUUCUCUGUGAAGGCAGUUUACAUGGGGCAUCAGGGCACUGAUAUGCACACUGUGUGUGUUCAAAACAAACUUUAUAAUAUGAACCUGGAGGAGAAUGGUGUCACACUGCUUUAUGGACUACACACUACUGAGAACAAGUUGUUGCACUUUGUAGCACCAAAAUACACAGCUAAAAUGAUAUAUGAUGGAUUGCUGGAAUUAACCAAAGCUGUAAGGAAGAUCAAAAAGUUCCCGGAUCAGAGGCUGCAGUGGCUGAGGAAGCAGUAUGUCGGUCUCUACCAGGAGGAUAACAGAUUUGAAGGACCAACACUAGCACAGGCUGUUGAGCUUUUCGGGGGAAGGCGGUGGAGCACUAGAAAUACAAGCACGGGAACAUUAACCAAAAGCACUGAAAAACCAAAUGUGCAACGUAACAAUACUCUGGGGAUAAACACAGUCAAGAAAAAGAAGAAAGUUCUUAUGAGGGGAGAAAGUGGAGAUGCUGCUGAUGAUGAGAUGGCAACAAGGAAAAGCAGAAGCUACAAAGAAGGCCGCAGCAGGAGCGGCUCAGAUCCUCCCGAAAUUGAUGAACAGGAAGAGCAAGACCAGAAUACAAUUUCUGGAUGUUCUACAUCUAAUAUUAUUCCUUCGCGGAGAGUUCACUCAGCAUCUGUCUCUGGCUCUACAAAUGUAAUACAAGGGACAACCACACCUAUCCGGCCAGCAUCCUCACCUGUUCUGUCCAGCUCCAACAAACCUCCAGCUGCCACAUGGAGUAGUUCAAGUUGGCAUGGAAGAAUUAAGGGUGGAAUGAAAGGAUUUCAGUCAUUUAUGGUUUCUGAUAGCAGCAUGAACUUUGUGGAGUUUGUAGAACUCUUCAAAUCUUUCAGUGUAAGAAGCCGAAAAGACCUUAAAGAUAUUUUUGACGUAUAUGCUGUUGCCUGCAACCGUUUGGGUUCAAAAUCUAUUCCUCUGUACACAAAUUUGACAAUUGAUGAGAAUGUCAGCGGAGUCCAGCCAGACCUAGAUUUAUUGACCAGGAAUGUAUCCGACUUGGGUCUAUUCAUUCGCAGCAAACAGCAGUUGUCAGAAAACCAGAGACAAAUUUCUGAUGCUAUUGCUGCUGCCAGUAUUGUUACCAAUGGCACUGGAGUAGAAAGUACCUCACUUGGUGUGUUUGGAUUGGGAAUACAGCAGUUUAAUGACUUCUUGGUCAAUUGCCAAGGCGAGCACUACACCUAUGAUGAAGUCCUCAGCAUUAUUCAGAAAUUUGAGCCGAGCAUUAGUAUGCGCCAGCAAGGACUGAUGUCUUUUGAAGGGUUUGCAAGGUUUCUGAUGGAUAAAGAUAAUUUUGCUUCUAGAAAUGAUGAGUCUCAGAUAAAUGUAGAUGAUCUGCACUUCCCCCUUUCAUAUUAUUUUAUUGAGUCUUCUCACAAUACCUACCUUACUGGACACCAGCUAAAAGGGGAGUCUUCUGUAGAGCUGUACAGUCAGGUUCUCUUACAAGGCUGCAGAAGUGUAGAAUUAGACUGCUGGGAUGGGGAUGAUGGCAUGCCGAUUAUAUAUCAUGGACACACGCUAACAACUAAAAUUCCCUUUAAGGAUGUAAUAGAAGCCAUUGACCGCAAUGCAUUCAUUAAUUCUGACAUGCCAAUUGUACUCUCCAUAGAGAAUCAUUGCUCCUUACCCCAGCAACGAAAGAUGGCUGACAUUUUUAAGUCUGUGUUUGGUGAGAAAUUGGUGACAAAAUUCCUUUUUGAGAGUGAUUUCUCUGAUGACCCCAUGCUUCCUUCUCCUUGGCAAUUAAGGAAAAAGGUGCUACUGAAAAAUAAGAAACUCAAAGCACACCAGACUCCUGUUGACAUUUUGAAGCAGAAGGCUCAUCAGCUUGCCAACAUGCAAGCACAGGCCAGCAAUGGUACCCAGGUCUUGAACACCAGCACUACAAAUGAAGAAGAGGAGGAUGAUGAAGAUGAUUAUGACUAUGACUAUGAAUCCCUUUCAGAUGCUGAUGUCCUUAAUGCUUCCCCUGCGCCUAACAGCCAGGAAGAUAAUAUUCUGGAUGAUCGUCCUGAAAGCAAACCAUGCGGUGACAAACUACAAUUUGAGUAUAAUGAGGAGGUAUCCAAGCGGAUCAAGAAGACUGAUGGCAACAGUGUUAUAAACAAAGGAAAGGUCUAUGAUAUGGAACUGGAUGAAGAGUUUUAUCUCCCUCAGAACAAGAAAGAAAGUAGACAAAUUGCGCCAGAACUAUCAGACCUUAUCAUCUAUUGCCAAGCUGUAAAGUUUCCUGGCCUUACAACGUUAAAUCCUUGUGGAUCUGGCAGAGGAAAGGAAAGAAAAAGCAGGAAGUCCAUUUUUGGCAACAAUCCUGGUAGAACAAGCCCCGGGGAAACAACAACACUGGCCAAAACAUCUGGAAGAGGCAUAGCCGACACAAGGCAGAGUUGGGAGGAGCCAUGCUCACCUCCAUUCAAUCCAAGUACAUCACUGAGUGCCAUUAUCCGGACUCCUCGGUGCUACCACAUCUCAUCGCUGAAUGAAAAUGCUGCUAAGCGUCUGUGUAGACGUUAUUCACAGAAGUUGAUUCAGCACACUGCUUAUCAACUAUUAAGAACAUAUCCAGCUGCUACACGGAUUGACUCUUCAAAUCCACAUCCUCUUAUGUUUUGGCUCCAUGGAAUACAAUUGGUUGCUCUAAACUACCAAACAGAUGAUCUCUCUUUGCAUUUGAAUGCUGCCAUGUUUGAAUCAAAUGGUGGUUGUGGAUAUGUGUUAAAGCCACCUGUGCUAUGGGAUAAGGGCUGUCCAAUGUACCAGUUAUUCUCCCCCCUGGACCGAGAUUUAGAGAGCAUGGAACCAGCAAUAUAUUCCUUAUGUGUUGUCUCAGGACAGAAUGUCUGUCCAAGCAACAGUACAGGAAGUCCUUGUAUCGAGAUUGAUGUGCUCGGUAUGCCUGUAGACAGUUGUCAUUUCCGAACUAAACCCAUUCAUCGCAAUACUUUAAACCCUAUGUGGAAUGAACAGUUUAUGUUCCGUGUUUACUUUGAAGAUCUUGUGUUUUUACGGUUUGCUGUAGUUGAGAACAACAGCUCUGCUGUAACUGCCCAGAGAAUUAUUCCUCUUAAAGUCCUAAAAAGAGGAUAUAGACACUUACAGCUCCAUAAUAUACACAAUGAGACUUUGGAAAUCUCAACCUUAUUUAUUAACAGCAGGAGAAUGGAAGAAAUUCCCACUGGCAGUACUUUGCCUGCCUCAUUGUUUUUUAGUUCAGAAGAAAGAAGAUCAAUGUCAGUGUUUAAAGUUACUGUGCAUGGUAUUCCUGGACCAGAGCCUUUCACUGUGUUUAGUAUUAACAUUGGAACAACUGCAAAACAUCUACUUGACCAAAUUUUGUCAUCCAUAAAAGGAAAUGAAGCAAGCACUGACUAUUUCUUAAUGGAAGAAAAAUGUUUUAUAUCAAAGGACAAAAAUGAGUGUAAAAAACCUCCAUUCCAAAGAGUGAUUGGCCCAGAAGAAGACAUCCUGCAAAUUCUAAACAGUUGGUUCCCAGAAGAAGGCUAUGUGGGAAGGAUCAUUCUUAAAACUCAGGAAGAAAAUCUGAAUGAAAGAAAUGUGAUUGUGGAGGAAAAGGAAGAGAAGGAGCUGUCUGUCAGUUCUGAUGAUGACAGUUUUUUUGUCCAGGUACAUGAUGUCUCCCCUGAACAGCCACGCACUGUUAUACGAGCUUUACGAUUCAGUACAGCACAGGAUGUUAUUCAGCAGGCUCUCAGCAAAGCCAAAUACUCAUACAGCAUUCUGAACAAUCCAAACCCAAGUGACUAUGUACUGCUUGAGGAAGUAACAAAAGAAACCUCCAACAAAAAGUCAUCAACUCCCAAAACAGCUCAGAGGGUCCUCUCUGACCAAGAGUGUGUUUACCAGGCACAAAGAAAAUGGAAGGGAGCCGGGAAAUUCAUUCUGAAAUUAAAGGAGCAGGUUCAGGCAGCACGAGAUGACAAGAAAAAAGGCCUUUCAAUUGCUAGUGAACUGAAGAAACUAGCAAAGUCAAGCCGGCAGUCUCGGAACUUCACACUGUCACCUCAGAUCGUGUCACCAGAAGAUGACUGUAUGUGCAAUGGAUUGCAGAGAAGGAACGACUACCGUAAUUCAGCAGAUAACAGAAAUGUCUACAGACACCCAUCCUGCUGUAGGAAGCCAAAUGCAACAUGGUACUAUCAGCUUCUUAAGAAUUGGAAACUGCCAAAAUGAUGCAAACUGACAGUUCUUCUGGAUUUCACAUGAAGUUAUUUCCGAAAAAGGGCAUUACAAUGGAUCUCUAUUGAGGAGAACUGGAUAGUGGCCGAUUUUCGGUGAACCUGGUUAAUGCAGAAGGGUAAGGUGGUAGGCUUCCUAGUCUUGUGGCUGAAAUAUUUACCAAGGAGAGACGACUGUCAGGUUUGCAGAGGACUACAACAUGUUUCUUCGCUCUGCUACAAUGUCAUGUACAGGCGCUGAUUAAGAUGACGUUUUUUGCUUCUUACACUGAAAUAAACCCCAGUGAUAUCUGGGGUUACUGAUGGAAAUGGCAGGAGCAGCACGGUACUCUGUCUUAUGUGUAUACACUGCAGGAGUUUCACUAGUUUUCUACAGAGUUUUCACUUUUCUUUUGUAAACAUAUAAAAUAGCACAUGCUGCGACAUAAAACACUGAUGUUAUGAACAGAUUAUGAUGCUUGUAAACAGAAUAUGUGCGAUUUAAGCAGCUCCCCUCCAGUGUGUUAAGUAGCUUAUUCUUUAUGAGUUUUGUGGAAUGCGUCUUUAUAUUUAUUGAAGCAUUGUAAUGUCACAUGUAACUUUUAGACCACUGACACGCAACAUGCUUUUAUGACUGCCGUUUGGUCCUGAAGUGUUUACUGGUUUAGCAUUGAGAUUUUACCAAUUCAUGUUUUGAUACCUAGCACCUUAUUCCGUUAGUACAUAAAAGCAUUGAACACUUUUUUUUUUAAAUGUACCAUGAAAGUACACAUUAUUUGUUUACGAUGAUAAGAAUGUAGUUAAUGUAAUACCCCUAUGUACAUUGUUAAUCUUUUUCAAACUUUAGGGAUUUUGUACAUGUGAAGGACCUACAUAGUUACUUUAUGUACCACAGUCUAUAAACCUUGUGUUUUCCUGCCAUGGACUACAUCUUCCUAUAUGGGGAUGCAGAACAUUUUUUAUAUGUAAGUUAUUAUGUGAUUUGUCUAUAAUGUGAUCUGCAACUUCGUCACACACAAUUGUGUAACACAGAAACAAUAUAUUUAAAAAAAAAUAUAUAAAAGUGGUAGACAACUGUUCAGGUUUCACACACUUGUUAAUGUCUAACCAAAAUACUUGGUUUAUAAUCACUGCUUUCCAAGACCACCAAUUACCACAACUGAAUGUUUGUGUUUUAAAUGUCAUUUAAUUCUAUUGUAUACUUUUAUUUAAACUGCAGUCCCUUAGGAGGGAAUGUGUAAAUUUUGUUUCUUUCUCUGCUUAUCAAAGGGAAUUGGUGAUUGAACAGCUAUCACGAUGGGCUUUAUUUCCACAUUUACCCCUUUUUCACUGCAGUGCUAAGGUAGUUGUGAUGUCCUCUACAUCUUCAUUAGCAUUUACAGCAAAGAGGCUGAAAAGAAGUGGAUUAGAGAGGCAAAUCACAGCUGUUCGGAGAUAUUGGAUGCUUCAUGUGAUUCUGUAUUAUCAAUACUGUAAUGAGCAGCAGGAUGCGUGUGAAGUAAGUGUGACUAGGGUAUUUGCUGCGAUCAUGCUACCUUUUGAGGUAAAGUUCUUUAUGACUGUAUUGUAUCAUUUUAUUUUGGAAACAGUUGUUACUUUAAUUUGCGAAUACUAUUCUAGUAUACAUUUUAGCUGUCAGCAGAUUUUAUAACUAUUUAUAUUUAUUUUUUACUGAACAUAAAACAAGGCAUGUCUGCCUAUUAUUAACCUAAACACUUCAAGUAAAGGUUAUACAGUUGAAAUGAUAAACUAUUCAGUAUGCCGAGUGUUUUUAUACUAUUUAAGACCUAUCUGGCCAUUGAUUUGUUUAUUAUGGCUUAGCAAUUCCAGAGAACGUGGACAGACCAGGCUUAUUUGAUGGCAUCUGGUAUUUGAUCAUGGGCCUUUUUACAUUCAUUUUUUUGUUUCCCUCCCCCUCGAUUAUGCCCAAUUUGUACUUUGAUAGUAGAGUUUUCUGAACAAGGUUAUUGACCAACGACAUUACGUUUAGUUAUGUUUUUUAGUAAUGCUAAGAGAACCUUUAUUUUGUUGGUUCAUUGUCCUAGGACAAAAUAAGUAAAACUGAGGGAAUGGAGUUUAGUGGCAUCAUUCCUGAGCAGUCAGACUGAUUUGGGCUUCUGGGAUUUCUUUCACUUGUUUGUAAAUGUAGUUCAGUAUUUAAGACAUUACUACAGAACAAAUGGAUUGUGUUAGUUAA